AUGGCACCAGCAGUUGCAGGCCCUGGUGACGGUAUCAUCGAGCGCCUCGUCGCCGCCGAUACGGUACGAUGGUGGAACAAGCCAAACCUCCGACGUCUCUACCUAUUGUUGGUACCUUUCUGCUUCUUGAUUGAGUCUACUUCUGGAUUUGAUAGCUCAAUGAUGAAUGGAAUGCAAGCUCUCCACUACUGGCAGGAAUACUUCAAUCAUCCCAAAGGAGGCCAACUCGGAUUGCUUGUCGCCUGCUACAACCUCGGCGCUAUAUCGAGUAUUCCGUUCGUUUCCAUCGUGUCUGAUCAUCUUGGAAGGCGGAAGAGUAUCGUCUUGGGGUCCACGAUUAUGAUCAUCGGAGCAGUAAUUCAGGGCUUGUCGCAGAACCUCGCCAUGUUCAUCUUCAGUCGAAUCUUCCUUGGCCAUGGUAUUGUCUAUGCAAUUAUCUCCGGCGCCGCUCUUCUCGGCGAACUAGGCCAUCCCAAAGAGCGACAGUUCUUAGGUAGUCUCUUCAAUGCAUUCUUUGGAGUAGGCUCAGUUCUCGGAGCGGGUAUAGUCGUGCGUACGCUGCUGAUCCCAAGCGAUUGGUCUUGGCGCCUCCCCUCCAUCCUCCAAGCAGGCCCUUCUGUCAUUCAAAUCAUCUUCGCAUUCACAGUCCCGGAAAGCCCUCGAUGGCUAGUUUCGAAAGAUCGCAGCGAAGAAGCUCUUGAGAUUUUAAUCAAGUACCAUGCAGAAGGCGAUGCGUCGGCUGAGCUACCUCACCUUGAGAUUGCUGAGAUCAGGAAAGCUCUGGAGCUGGAGAACGAAUCGCGACAACGUGGAUGGGCCGAGCUCUUCCAGUCCAAAGGCAUGCGACACCGUGCACUUGUCGCCGCCGGCCUUGGCGUCUUUGUUCAGUACAGCGGCAACAACCUCAUCAGCCAAUACCUUGUGCCUAUCCUGGAGAAAAUCGGCAUUGAAGACAGUCACACCCAGGUGCGCUACAACGUCGGCUCUGAAGCAUGGGGCUUCCUUAUGGCUCUUGUCAUGGCAACCAUCACACCCCGAUACCCACGUCGCAGGAUGUACCUUUUGUGUGCGAGUUGCUUGUUGUGCGUUUACACCGCGUGGACCAUUGCUCAGGCUCGUAAUCGCCAGACUGGAUCUAAAGAGACCGGCUAUGCCGUCCUUGUCAUGAUCUUCCUAUACAAGCCUGCGUACAACAUCGCUUACAACGCCCUCACCUACGUCUACAUGGUGGAAAUUUUCCCAUACUACGUCAGAACCAAGGGUCUCUCAUGGUUCCAACUCUUCAAUCGCUGCUCCGUCAUGCUUGGGUCCUUCACCAAUCCCAUCGGAUUGGAAGACCUUGACUGGAAGUUCCUCUUCGUCUACAUCGCUUUGCUGUGUUGCGAGAUUGUGUUCAUCUACUUCCUGUUCCCGGAAACGUACGGAAAGACACUGGAAGAGCUUACAUUCUUGUUUGAAAGUGAGAAGGAUGAUGCGGAUGCGCUCGCUGCAACCACCGCCAAGGUCAUGGGUCAGGAUAGCAACGCCAUCGAGCUUCACGAAGCGCCAGACAAGAAGGUCUAA